AUGUUUAGAUCUGGUCUAGAAAUUCCUAAUGGACUUUUACCUUCUGAAGUACCUCAAAUGAUCCUUCUAACAUUUGAAGGCCCAAUAAUUGAUCAAACUUUUCUGUUAUACAAAUCUUUGUUCGGUGGAAUAUAUCGCAAUCCAAAUGGUUGUCCAAUCACGAGUACUUUUUUUAUAUCAAAUAAAUGGAAUAAUUAUGAUCAUACCCAAUGGUUGAUGGAUUUUGGCCAUGAAAUCGCUGUGAAUUCAGUAUCAUAUGAAAAUUUGGAUAACGCAACAGUUACACGUUGGGAGGAAGAAAUAGUUGGAAUGCGCAGUGCAUUACAACAUUUUAGUCAUGCAAAAGCAAGCGAUAUUUUAGGUGUACGAGCACCUAAACUUAGGUUUGGAGGUGAUAAUCAACUGGAUGUAAUGGAAAAGUUUGGUUUUGUGUAUGAUAAUUCGAUGAUUACGAGUGGUGGACCAUUUUGGCCACAAACUCUUGCUUAUCGAACAGCUUGGGAAUGUUUAUCAAAAUUUUGUCCAAAUAAAGCACAUCCAAAACUUUGGGAAAUUCCAAUUAAUCCUUUGAAAUUUCUGAAUUCACAAAAUGAAUUCAAUAUGCUUACAGAAGCCAUUACACGUAAGCAUUCUUCUAGUGAAAUAGCCACAAUAUUGGAAUUCAACUUAAACCGAUCUUACAAUUAUAACAGAGCUCCGUUUUUGCUUACUAUUGAUAAUGAUUUCUUCACGUUAUUACCUGAAAAACGAGCUAUUUCCGCUCUGAAAUUAUUCAUCCAUAACGCAUUAAAGAAGUCCGACAUUUAUAUGAUAACAAUAAAACAAGCAUUACAAUGGAUUAAACAACCGACACGCUUAAUGGAUAUUCAUAACUUCGAGGCAUGGCAGUGUAAUCAGCUAGUCACAGGUGACCUUCGACCCUGUCAAGUUAGUUUCUUGAGCUCUUGA